CCCUCCCCCGCUCCGCCCGGGCAGGCGGUCGCGGCCCGCGGGAAUGGCAUCGCGCCGGUUCCCUUGCAGGCGCCGCGGCGGACGGAGCGGCGGGGCGGCCCGGGCCGGAGAGCCCCGAGGAGCUGAUGGAGGUGGUGGUGGUGCAGCGCUUCCAGUGCCGCCGGUGCCCCUUCCGCAGCGCCUCCCGGCAGACCCUGCUGCGGCACGUGCAGGAGCGGCACCUCGCGCCAGGGGCCGCCGCGGGCCCGAAAAGGGGCCGCCCGCGCCCGGGGGCUCCAGUGCCAGACGCGCCGGGCAGCCAGAAGGACCAGGAGGACCAGGAGGAGGAGGAGGACGACGACAUCGUGGACGCCGGCGCUAUCGACGACCCCGAAGUUGACAGCGACUAUAAUCCGGCAGAGGAUGAACCCCGAGGUCGUCUGCCCAAGAUCGGCCGCCCGCUCCCCACUUCCCCUGAGCAGCGACUGCGCCGACGCCCUGGGAGACCCCGCAAGUUCCCUCGCCUGGAAGCCCCCCUUCAGCCAGAAGGCGGUGAAGCGGAGCCAGCUGCCUCCUCGCCAGGUGUCUCCCGGGGGGGUCCGCAGAUCUCCGAGGCAGCUGGCCUUUGUCUCCAGGGCUCCGUCCCUGCAGGCGGCAGCAGCAGCCUUGGGGAAGUGGCCGUGAGCCAGUCUGAUUCGGAGAACAGGGACCCAUCCUCCCGCAGCGAGUCUGAUGCAAUGCCCCGCCGGCGAGGCCGGCCCUCCCACCGGUUCCUGGGCAAGAAGUACCGCAAGUACGUGGGGCAAAGGUACUGCUAUAGGUCUGCCAAGCCACUGAUGCGCCCCUUUCUGUGCCGGAUCUGCGGUUCCCGCUUCUUGACGCACGAGGACCUGCGCUUCCACGUGAGCUCCCACGAGGCUGGAGACCCCCAGCUCUUCCGCUGCCUGCAGUGCAGCUACCGCUCCCGGCGCUGGUCCUCCCUGAAGGAGCACAUGUUCAACCACGUGGGCAGGAAGCCCUACAAGUGCGAGGAAUGCGACUACACCAGCGUGUACAAGAAGGACGUCAUCCGCCACUCGGCUGUGCACAGUCGCGACAAGAAGAGGCGAGCUGACCCGGCCCCCAAGCGGAGCUCCUUCCCUUGCCCGGUGUGCAGCCGGGUCUACCCGAUGCAGAAGCGGCUCACCCAGCACAUGAAGACCCACAGUUCGGAAAAGCCCCACAUGUGCGACAAGUGUGGGAAGUCCUUCAAGAAGCGGUACACUUUUAAGAUGCACCUGCUGACCCAUAUCCAGGCUGUCGCAAACCACAGGUUCAAGUGUGAGUUCUGCGAUCACGUUUGUGAGGACAAAAAGCUGCUGCUCAACCACCAGCUCCUGCACAUCAACGACCGGCCCUUCCGCUGCAGCCUGUGCUCCUAUGCCACCGUCCGCGAGGACUUCCUGCUCUCCCACGUGGCAGUCAAGCACACAGGUGGGAAGCCCUUCGCCUGCGAGCUGUGCCACUUCACCACCAAGCACAAGAAGAACCUGCGCCUCCACGUGCAGUGCCGCCACCCGGAGAACUUUGAGGAGUGGGUGCAGCGCCACCCGGAGGAACCCCCCUGCCGCCGCCGCCCCUUCUUCACCCUCCAGCAGAUUGAGGAACUGAAGCAACAGCACAGCCAGGGUCAAGCAGAAGCUGCCGUGCCCGGUCCACCUCAGGUGGCUCCCCAACCAACACAAGGACCCCCCGGCCCUUCCCAGGAGCACUUGGAGGGCGCUGCCCUUCUCUAUGAGCCAGAGGCGGAGGGCACAGCGGAGCUGGCCACGCAGACUGCCCUGGACCUUCUGCUGAACAUGAGCGGCCAGCGGGAGCUGCCAGCCAGCGCACUGGAGGUGGCUGUGGUGAAAGCUGUGAAGAAGGGCUUCUCCGAGGGUCCUGGGUCCCAGGGCCAGGAGGAGGAGGAGGAGGAGGAGGAGCUGCAGGCCAGCGUCCUGACUCUCCAGGUGACUGAGCAGAGGGAGGCCCUGGUGCAGGAGGCCCUCGUCCAGCCCUCCGCGGGUGGCUCCGAGCUGCAGCAGAUCGCUGUUCCCUUCUGCGGCCCCUCUGAGUAUGCCGUCGUCACCCCCAGCGGGGAGGUUGCCAGUGUGCUCUACAGCAAGGAGGAGGCACCUGGUGAAACCACGCAGACUGUGAUGCAGGACUCCCUGAAGGGCCCUGCAAUUCUGGAGGGCCCCCAACCGCUGCCACCAGCUUCUGCAGAGAUAAACGGGGAGCUCCUGGAGACUCUGCCGGGCGUCCGUUGGCCCGUAGUGCGUUGCCUGACCUGGCAGGCCCAGGAGCAGCAGGAGCCGGAUGCCGGUUGCCCACCAGGCCCAGCUGAGCAGCCCUUGUGCAAGGCCCCCCCCUCCAAGAAAUCCCUGCCGGGCAAGGCCCCCCCAACCAAGAAGUUCUCCUGCAAGAUCUGCACCGCAACCUUCGCGGGCCGAGCGGAGAUGGAGAGCCAUAAGAGGGCCCACGUGGGGCCCAGUGCCUUCAAGUGUCCCGACUGCCCGUUCACGGCAGCGGCGUGGGCAGAGGUCCGGAGCCACCUGGACCAACACGCCAGCCUGCGGCCACACAAGUGCCAACACUGCAGUUUUGCUUCCAAGAACAAAAAAGAUCUGCGCAGACACACUCUGACGCACACCAACGAGAAGCCCUUUGCAUGCUACAUAUGCGGCCAGAGGUUCAACCGGAACGGCCACCUGAAGUUCCACAUGCAGAGGCUGCACAGCUCCGAAGGGAGGCCCACCUCUGAACCAGUCCCCGCAGCGCCCCAGACCAUCAUCCUGAACAGCCAUGAGGAAACGCUGGCCACGCUGCAGACGGCCCUGCAGUCUGGCCAGGCUGUUCUGGGCCCUGAGAGGCUCCAGCAGGCUCUGGAGCAGGAGCACGUGAUCGUGGCCCAGGAGCAGGACGUCCCUGGCCAGGAGGAGGCCACCUACAUCCAGGAGAUCAUGGCCACGGCAGACGGGCAGAUGGUGCAGCACUUGGUGACCACCGAGAACCAGGUGCAGUACAUCGUAACUCAGGAGGGUGUCCAGCAUCUCCUGCCCCACGAGUACGUGCUUCUGCCCGAGGGCCACCACAUCCAGGUGCAGGACGGCCAAAUCACCCACAUCCGGUACGAGCAGGGCAGCCCGUUUGUGCAGGAGCCCCAGAUCCAGUAUGUCCCAGUGUCACCAGGGCAGCAGCUCGUCACGCAAGCCCAGCUGGAGGCCGCAGCACACUCAGCAGUGACAGCGGUAGCAGAUGCUGCCAUGGCACACGCCCCCUUUGGCACGGAGCCUGUGCCAGAGCAGGCCCACCAACUGCAGCCGGGAGUUCACUAUGACAUCAUCACCCUGGCAGAGUGACCGGCGCUUGCUCCCUAAAGGGUUGGCCUCUUCCUUGGCACUUCUGGGCAGCUAAGAUGCUUGGCCGGGGGACCCGCCUUCCCCUCUCCGGAUUGUGCCUCCCGCAACUGGCAGGCUUCAGCAGCCGCUUGCACUCGCCCACCCUGGUGUGACCUGGCAGGCCAGGUGGGGCUCACCUUCCCCAGGUGCCUCCAGGAAGUGGAGCACCCGAACCAAAGCUUGAGGAAGCAGCCUCGCCUGAGGACAGCUGUGGUGGACGUUCUCUGAAUAAAAAGGGCCCACCAAG